AUGUCAAAGAUAUUCUUCAUUACAGGUGCCGGAAGUGGCAUCGGUCGAGUUGCAGCUCGCUAUCUUCUCCAGAAAGGACAUCGGGUCUUCCUUACAGACUACAAUUCUGCAUUUCUUCAUGAAACAUGUACAAAACACCUCCCAUCGGUGCUUUCCCCCGAAUUACAUGCGAACUUCAAAUGGACUCUUAUGGAUACAUCGAACCAAAGCCAAGUGACAGAAGUCAUCGCUAAAUGCGCAGAAGAAUUCGGAUCAAUUGACGUUCUCAUAAAUAAUGCGGGAAUCAAUUUCUCCGUCCAGUCUACUGACAGCCAUCAGAGCCAGUAUAUGCGCGCAGGAAUUCGCAUGGAUGAAGCCCCAACAUCAGACUUUGAACAUGUACUCCAAGUGAAUCUGAUUGGCACAUACCGUGUUUCUCAGCAAGCAAUUCCUCAUCUUGUCAAAGCUUCCGGUGGAGGUGUCAUUAUCAACCUAUCGAGUUGCCGGUCAACUCAACAAUCAAAACACGGCGAGGCAUAUGCAGCUUCAAAAGCAGGUAUUGAGGGUCUUUCCAUGGCGAUGGCGGUCAGUCUGGGACCGGAAAUCCGUGUUCACGUUAUCAGUCCUGGAAUGGUCGAUGUACGAAGUGAGCGUGACGAGAGUGCACUUCCCGAUGUCAAGACUAUCCGCGAGGACCUGAACCGGGACUUCCAGAGUGAAUACGCUCCUGAGUGGGGAUAUGGGAAAAGCCGCACAAUGCAUGAGGCUCAUCCCGUUGGUAGGAUUGGUAAGGGAGAGGAUAUUGCAAGGUGGAUCGAAUUCUUGUCUGUUUCUGAGGGUGGCUUUACAACUGGAGGGACUUAUCUUGUUGAUGGAGGGUAUUCGAAAGUUCUGUCCUAUCCUAGUUAG